AUGCACAUCAACACGAUAGAUAAUGCAGUCCAAAAAUCACCGCAACGGAAAGAUUGGAAAAUCAUACAAACUAAAACUAUGACGGAGGACGUUUCCGUUUCCGGGAUACCGACCCAUAAAAACAACCUGACGGAAGCAGAGAGGAUUCUGGUCAUUGCUCUUCUGUCCGCACUCAGCAUCCUUAUUAUUUGUCUCAUCAUUCUGAUCACACUUGUAUGCAGAAGGAAUAUGAAACCUUUAAAGAGUUCUUAUCUCAGAUCCAAUUCCAGAAUGAACCCAGGAAGCCCCGUUCUCACUGGGAAUCAUCCUAGACUUUCUGUCUCUCGGUUAAACACACGUUACAGUGACGUAGAUUUCCAAAGGAGUCGUGACGUAAUAGAUAAUACAGAUAUGUCAUCAAGCCAAAUGUAUUUCAAAAACCAGACAUUUCGAUCGGAUAGUGAUGACGUCAUUGAAAAUGGACGGGUUUCCGAAAUACUCUAUGAUACCCCUCGUACGUCUCCAAUGGUGCGACCGAAAUUCUAUUGAUGGCUUGUUUGUGACAUUUCUCAAAACAGAGAUUGUUUUAUUUUCAUUGAUGACUGUGAACUAAUUACUCAUAAACUGAACCAUUUUACAUCUUUACAUUGCUAUUACAACUGGAACUCCAAACAGGUUAUGUGAACCCAAUAUUUAGCGUAUAUUCAAUAUAUAAUGUAGAAACAGAAUCUUGUAAAUUGCAAUUAAUAAGUGAUAGUAGUUGUAUAGCAAAAUACAGAAUACCGGUAGAUUUUCAAUAGCUUUUUGACAAAAUGUAAGCUUUGACUAGUAAAUAAAGCCCUAGCAGCUUUUUGGAAAUAUAAUUAAGCAAGCAGUAACCUUACAAAAUACUAUUAGCACUGUAUGUUGUACAAGAAAUUGAUACAUGUACUAUAAUGUCAUUAUUUAUUUUUUACAGUCCUGGAUAAAGUUCCCCUCGUUUUAAGUUUAUACUUGAUAAGUUUCUCUUUUGUUUCUUUGGAAAUGUCUUUCACAUUUUCAAACAUUUUCCUAUUUGUUCUUAACAUCCAGUGCUGGUCAGGUGAACAUUCUUUUAAGAUACUAUGGAUUGAAAUAUUAACAAUAAAAGAGAGUGUUAAAGUGAUUUUUUGGACAAUAUGAACGGGUGUGUAGUUCAAAGGAAAACAUAAACUACACUUGAUUAACCACAUGACACCUGCCUGACCACAUUGAAUACCCUAUUGAGCAAUUUAGCAAUCUAUUAAAAACUCGAUUAUUAUUUUGCAAUUGACUGUAAAUGGCAUACUAAUAAAUCUUUCAGGAAGCAGAGGCAUUUAUAAUUAAAAAAAAUAAACACUCUGUCAAAUGUACAGCAAUUCCGGAUGCUAUGCAUUCAAAAAAUUAGUUACCAGAUCUAUUUAAGGGUUUACAAUGCUCUAGUUAGACGUUUCUAGUAGUCAACCAAAAUUCAAGUGUCAAUCGUCAAGUUGUAAGCGAUUUACAGAACUCACAAUUUUUUGUUAUGUAAAAAAAGCUCAUGCCAUCUUUUUGAAUGUUAAUAAGAUAGUCGAGGUUUAGACUUUAAAUGAAUUUCACAAACGGUAGAAACUGUUAAUUUUUUAACAAAACAAAGCAGAUAUUAAAUCGGCUUGAAAUGUUUUUCCCGAUAUAUUGAACUAAUGUUAACAAACAUAUGACACGAGCCUUGUUUACACAAC